CGCCCCGCCCCGGUUAUGUAACGGCGGGAGGCGGGGCCACCACGCCCAUUGGCCGAGCCGCGCCGCCGGGAUCGCCGCCCAUUGGCUGAGCGCGCGGGGGCGGUGCCCGGCGCCGCGUGCCCCGAAUCGCCGCACAGGAGGGCGUGGCCAGAACCCCGCCCUCCGGCCAAUCAGCGCCGGGCGGCGGCAACGAGCCAACGGGAGUGAAGGGGCGGGGUCUACCGGCGCGCAGCGGCCAAUGGGAGCGGGGCGGGGCGGGGCCCGGCCCGAGGCACGUGCGGCCGCGCACGUGUCCGCGUGGGGCCGCCGCGGGCGGGGCGGGACCGGCACCGGGAGCGGGGACACGGAGACCGGGACACCGGAACAGCGGCACCGGGACACCGGCACGGCAAUCGGGGACAGCGACACCGGCAACGGCAGCGGGACGCCGAUACCGGGACAGCGAUACUGGAGCCGUGAUACCGGCACUGGGAACAGCGACACCGGGACAGCGACACCGGCAGCAGCGCAGGUGCAGCCGCGUGCAGGCAGCCUCGGCUGGGUGACCCUGCUGGAGCUGAACGCAGCCAGAGGCUCCCCUGGGGGGGCCACCAUGGAGCCCCCCGCCCGCGCCUGCUCCUGCGGCUCCCCUGCCUCUGACAGCGAGGCCGAGGCCGGCAGCUCCCCCCGGAGCCCCCCCAAAGCCGAGCGCAGCCGCAAGCGCCCGGGGGGGCUGGAGCGGGCACCCCCCGAAUCGCCACCGGCACCCCGCGGGGGGAAACGCCCGCGGAAAGGGGAGGGGGGCGACGCCCCUCCCAGCGAUGGAGAUCGCCUCUUUGCCCAAAAGUGCCGGGAGCUCCGGGGCUUCAUCCGGCCGCUGGCGGAGCUGCUGGAGGGGCUGCGCCGCGGCCGCUACGACAGAGGGCUGAGCAGCUUCCAGCAGAGCGUGGCCAUGGACCGGCUCCAGCGGAUCAUCGGGGUCCUGCAGAAGCCAGAAAUGGGCGCUCGCUACCUGGGGACGCUGCUGCAGGUGGAGGCCAUGCUGCGCCUCUGGUUCCCCCACGUCGCCCCCAAACCCGCGCUGGAGCCGGCUCCCCCCGCGGCUCCCCCGCGCCGCCGCCCCCCCGCCGGUCCCCCCGGGGCUCCCCGGUGCCGCCGCCUGCCCGGGGAUCUCCCCCUGGCCAGCCCCGCGGGGACAUUACAGCAGCGGGGGUCCCCGCCGUGCCAGGCCGGGCCCCCCGAGUCCCCCCCGGCGCCGGACGUGUGACGCCCCCCCCGGCUCGGGGGGGGGGAAAUCUCAUCUGCAUUUCUCGGUUUUGCCUUUUUUUUUUGAAUUUUUUUUUUUUUACCGGUGGUCAGUGAGACCCGCGGG